UGAUGAUCUGUCAUGAAGUUAGUGUAAAGUUGGUCCUGCAGCAGCAGAGAGCAAGAGUCCAACAGUGAUUCAACCUCGGGAGGCCUCAACAGUGACUGGCGAAAUACCUAAACCGAGUUUUGCAUUCUGGGAGGGACACUUUUAAGAAGAUGGAAGGACAGAACUUGAACUUCGUGACCAGCUCGCAUUCAUCCUCAACAUGCACCAGAACAUCUUAAGGUACCUUGAGAAUCAUAACAGAUGUGGCACUACCGAAAACCAUUUGAGCGGCCAGAACCCACUAAGAAAUUAUUGUAAUGAAAGUUUGAAGAUACUCAUUAAGAAGGAUGUGCUCACAUAACUCCAGUUGUAAGGAAAAUAACUCAAAGAAUGUUAUGAGGCCUGCUAUGCUUGGUCCCACAGUUGCACAGUUGGAGCAGUGUGGGCUUGUUAGCCACAGCAAUCAUGAAGAGUACUUUUUAAAUGGGCAUUUAAAUCAGGCAGUGCACAUGGAAGGUCUGAAAAUGUGCAGCCUCUCUGAGUCACCUGUGUCGAUAACAACAGGUGAUCUUGAUUUGGUCUGUUCCACAGAAAGUGCCAUUGGGUUGUAUAUCAAUGGAGUAAAGAGUGACUCAUCCUGCAGUCUUUCAGUUGGAGAUAAUCUAUCAGAAGUUACCAAUACCUUGUCCCCCUCCUUAUUCUGCUCUUCCGUGUCCACGUCAUCUUUCAAUGCCUUCUCUCCAUCCUUCUCUUCCCCUUCCUCCAGCCUCUCAUCUGGCUCUUUGUCAGAGUUGUGUCAGAACUCUUCAUCUCUUUCAACCCUCUGUGGUCCAUCUGAGGAACAACAGGACCUUCUCUUCAGUUGUACACAGCAGCAGCAGGACAAACCCCCAGAAGUGGGUCUGUUUUCCAAAUCUGCCAAGCAGGAACCUGUUGCUGAAUUUCAGAUUUGUAACAAGAAGCUUCUACAGUUUGAAAACAAGGAGGAACUGCUUCGGUAUCUCUGCUCUGACUCAAAUGCAACCAUGGAGCAAACCAGGCACCUUAACAUUUACGGUUGUCAGACAGUACCGUCUAAGGAACUUCCAAUACUGCAUCAAUGCAAGAAUGACUUGGGACUGAGCUGGCCGCAUGGAGAUGAGGGAAUGAAUGGCCACCUGAAAGAUGAACAGCCAUGUCGGUGGAUGGAUUGUCGGGCUUCUUAUGGGCAGAAAGAAGAACUGGUGAGGCACAUAGAGAAGGUUCACAUAGAUCAGCGAAAAGGGGAGGACUUUACCUGCUUCUGGGCAGGAUGUGUCCGUCGAAACAAGCCCUUCAAUGCUCGAUACAAGUUGCUUAUUCACAUGAGAGUCCAUUCUGGCGAGAAACCCAACAAGUGCAUGUUUGAAGGCUGUAAUAAGGCAUUUUCCCGUCUGGAAAACCUAAAGAUCCACCUACGCAGCCACACUGGUGAGAAGCCUUACAUAUGCCAGCACCCCGGCUGUCUCAAGGCCUUCAGCAACUCCAGUGAUCGAGCCAAACACCAGCGGACACACCUGGACACUAAGCCAUAUGCUUGUCAGCUCCCAGGGUGCACCAAACGCUACACGGACCCCAGCUCUUUGCGCAAACAUGUCAAGGCCCACUUCAGUAAAGCCCUGCAGGCACAGGACAAGGGCCAGCUACGUAAUAAGGUGGAGCAGGAAGUUGUGGAUGUGUGCUUUGGCCUGCAGCAUCUCCAUGGCUCUACUCCUUCAGUACACAUCCCAGACCACAGGUGUUCCAGCUCCCUCACUAAGAUUCAUCAGAAAAGCUUUACUGCAUACUCAGAGGAUGGUGAAUCCUGUAGCAGAGUCUUAUCAGGAGCCAUCAAUAUGAAUCUGGAGCAAUCCACCAGACACUGCAGCAUUAGCCUCCACAACCAUCUACCCAAUAACAAGAUUAAUCAGCCGAGACCUUCUCCUCUGGUUUGUGGAAUCAGCCUGGUCAGUGGUACAAAUGAGCUCCAGGCUCUCUCUGACAAGCACAGCUCUAUCUUAAACCCACAUCAAAAACUCAACCAGAUGUUUAAUGAAGUACCAAUAAAUCACCAAGUUUUUCAGGCCACUUUUAAUGGAGUAGAGCAGAUUUCCAGUAAUGGAAGAGAUGGUCUGCACAAUUUUGACCAAAAUGGAUUCCCUUUAACCUGUAUAAAUUCUUCUGGCCACAGCCCAACCCAGGAUACACAGCCAGUGAGUGGGCAUCACCCUCCUCCAUGUCCGUUUCCAGUUGGGAUCUAUGACCGUUGCCUCAGUCAGUUCUGCCCUCUGUACUCUCAGACGUGAAAUACACCUUUGGACCAAUGUACCUGGGAGCAGGGGCAUAUAGGAAUGAUUUAAAUACAUUAAGACAUGGUUGAUUAAGGAAGUGGAAUUCUGGAUAAAGAUUCUCCAAUCACAACAGAAAUGUGUGAUAAACACUUUGGUUGAGCAAUAUCCUCUCAAAGAUUCCUCAAGCAGUGAGUCAGCCCUUUAAUGACAGCUGUGCUCUUGAAAGAGAAAUUUCUGCAACUUUGGCACUGUUAAUGACGAUGCAGCUUUAUGUUUGGAUUCGAAACAUUUGUAAUUUUCAUGUUUGGUUUGCCCAGAGAAUGAGAUUGAGGAGAGAUACUGUUUACAUUGAGUUAGUAAAAGGACAUGAUUCUUUAAGUAAUAUUUAUGUUGUAUUUUUCAUCAACAUUACAUUAUGUACCAUUUUGUCUUCUUUCUCAAAUAAACCGAAGA